UACUAGUUACAGAGCUUCUCUUUGAAUCCAAGUUACUCUCAUAUCUACUUCACAUCUCUACAACUCAUGGGAUUUGCUUUCAUGGGUGGUUGCUAAAUCUUGGUUUCUUCUCAUUUAGCAUUUCUUUUAUAAUCUCUUCUUAACCAUUUUGCAGUUGAUGAUUAUCCUACCUAAAUGCUUUCCAUUGUUUGUUUUUAUCAAUUUUCUUUCAAAAAACCCACAACUCGAACAUAGCAGAUUUUUUUUCCUUUUUUUCUUUUUGGCUUUUGGUCUUGCGGUGCUGGGUUAAUGAGUUCUUCGGGUGUUGUGGAUUUGGUGAGUAAAACUGAAAUCUUGCGAAGAAAUGAGAUCAUAUACCUUGUUGCUGCUGCUCUUUCUUGUUAGCGGACUUCAUUUUGGAGCCAGUAAUUCCUUUGCACCGAUUGAAGUUGGGGCACUUAUUAGAUUCAAGGAAGCUGUAUAUGAAGAUCCGCUUCUGGUUAUGUCGAAUUGGAACACCGUAGAUGCAGAUCCCUGUGGUUGGACCGGCAUUUAUUGUUCUCCGGAUAGAGAUCAUGUUAUAAAGUUAAACAUUUCUGGGUCAUCCUUAAAAGGGUUCCUUGCACCAGAAUUGGGUGAACUCAUAUACUUACAAGAGCUAAUUUUGCGUGAGAACAAUCUCAUUGGGAUAAUACCUAAAGAGCUUGGCAUGCUGAAGAAUCUCAAGGCAUUGGAUUUGGGGCACAAUCAAUUAACAGGACUUAUCCCUCCGGAACUUGGGAAUUUAACCAAUGUGACGUCUAUAAACCUUCAAUCCAAUGGUUUGACUGGAAGACUGCCACCAGAGCUUGGCAAUUUGAAGAACCUCAGGGAACUCCAUCUUGAUCGUAAUAGACUUCAAGGAAGUUUACCUGUUGCAAGCAGUGCAGAUUUUCCUUCGAAUAUGCGUGGAAUGUAUGCUUCUGCAAAUGUAACUGGCUUGUGCAAGUCAUCUCAGUUAAGGAUGGCUGAUUUCUCAUACAACUUCUUUGUUGGGAGCAUACCCAAGUGCUUGGGGUACCUUCCAAGCACAAGCUUUCAAGGUAACUGUCUUGACAACAAAGAUCCUAGACAGCGGCCUGCAGCACAGUGUGGUGGUGCUCCUCCUACCAAAAGCCAUCAAGCUCCUACCUCUAAGCAUCAGCCUACUGAAAAUGUAUCCAAACAUCAGGAAACAUCAAAACCUACCUGGCUUUUGGCUCUUGAGAUAGUGACGGGAACCAUGGUGGGUUCUCUCUUUAUCGUAGCUCUACUCACUGCAUAUCAGAGAUGCAAUAACAAAUCCUCUCUCAUUAUUCCCUGGAAAAAGUCAGCAAGUGAAAAGGACCAAAUUGCAAUAUACAUAGAUUCUGAGAUGUUGAAAGAUGUAACGAGAUUCAGCAGACAAGAGCUUGAAGUGGCUUGUGAAGACUUCAGCAACAUUAUUGGGUCCUCUCCAGACAGUGUGGUCUACAAAGGUACAAUGAAAGGUGGGCCUGAGAUUGCUGUCAUAUCUCUCUGCAUCAAAGAAGAGCACUGGACAGGUUUUCUUGAGGUUUAUUUUCAGAGAGAGGUUGCAGAUUUGGCAAGAUUGAAUCAUGAGAAUACAGGGAAGUUACUAGGCUAUUGCAAAGAGAGCUCUCCUUUCACAAGGAUGCUUGUUUUUGAAUAUGCAUCAAAUGGUACACUUUAUGAACACCUCCAUUAUGGGGAAGUGUGCCAAUUAUCAUGGACACAACGCAUGAAGAUUGUUAUAGGAAUUGCUCAGGGACUCAAAUAUCUACACACUGAACUUGAUCCACCAUUUACUAUAUCUGAGUUGAAUUCUAAUGCUGUAUAUCUUACUGAAGACUUUUCACCGAAGCUAGUUGAUUUUGAAAGUUGGAAGACAAUUCUUGCAAGAGCAGAGAAGAACUCUGGCUCUAUUAGUAGCCAAGGAGCCAUUUGCAUACUACCAAAUGCACUGGAGGGUCGACAUCUUGAUGUGCAAGGAAAUAUAUAUGCUUUUGGUAUACUUCUGCUGGAAAUAAUUAGUGGAAGACCUCCAUACUGCAAGGAGAAAGGAUGCUUGGUAGAAUGGGCAAGGGAGUAUCUUGAAUUGCCAGAUGUAAUGUCUUAUGUAGUUGAUCCUGGGCUAAAACAUUUCAAACACGAAGAUCUCCAAGUUAUCUGCGAGGUUGUGAACAUCUGCAUUGAGUCAGAUCCUGCCAAGAGGCCUUCGAUGCAGGAAAUAUGCAACAUGUUGGAGAGUAAAAUCGAUUUGUCUGUAACUGCUGAGUUCAGAUCAUCUUCUUUGGCAUGGGCUGAGCUUGCACUUUCAUCAUAAUGGAGUUGAAGCUAACAACUUGUAAAUCAUAUACGUACAAUUCUAAUGCUCUGUGUUCCCUUUCCUUGUUUUUCUUCUAGUAAUUUUUUUUUUGGCUUCCAAUUUUCUGUCCUUGUAAAUGGUGCAUGCUGAAGGAAGCAUACUGCUCCAAGCAUGAUAUCUACAGUGUAUACCACCAAAUGAUGGGUACAAAGUCUGAACCUACAGAAUAGUUAAUAUAAGUUCUUUACAAAAUUUCCUCCAAAAAGGAAAUUUUCUUUUCUGAGUGUCUA